AUGUCCGUAUGCCAUUUCUUCCCAAAGCUUCCAUGCGAAAUUCGUCUACGAAUCUUUGAAUGCGCAUUAGCAGCGGAUCAACCACGAAUUGUCGAAGUAUACAUCAAGUCCGGCGAAAUAUUCUCGACAACUCCUCCUCCACCACUCCUCCACGCAUGUUCUGAAUCACGGAACGUCACCAUAAGGAAAUACAAGCCGUGGCUUCCCCAGUUCAAGAACUACGCCGAUCAAGAUCGCUGGCGAAGUCUGAUUGAGGAAUUUGGAUACGACAAGCUGUCAAGGCUGCAGAACGUCUGGGUCGACUUGGAAGGCGAUGAAUUGCUUGUAACGGGAGAGAUUGAAAACUUGCCAUAUCCUCUUGGCCCGUUGGACGAAGCGCAUAUUACUUCGAUUGGUAUCAAGAUUCGGUCUCUUGAAUCGAGGACCAAUCUACGGUUUCUGUGGGCGGAUACUUGGGAUCCAUCAACCGACCGUUUCUCUUGGGCUUGUGCACGUCAGUUCCAAUUACUGAAGUCUCUGAAGUCCCUGUCUAUUCAUCAAUUCCACGCUCGGCGGUACUCCAAGAAUUGUAGACACCAAAAUUUAGUGGAUCUGGGAUUGAGAGACGAGGGUGAUGGGGAUAGAAAUAUUAUUCUGAACUCCAUACGUCUUGGCGAUUUCAGUAAUCCCGAAUAUAGCCAGCCUUGGACAACCUACCGAUAUCCUUCACCAUCGUUGCGAGAGUCCAAUUCUGAUGACGAUCUGGAAGAUCUCAAUCAAGACUUAUCAGGUAUGUUUCCUCAAGACGGACACCAUUUGCAUUUACGAGGUGGAGCUUCCACACCAAAUAUGACUGGUCUAGCCACUCCAGACCCCGUAUCACCAGUGAGCCAGUCGGGAAGCAAUUACCACACACCUGGGUCUGAGAUUUUGUCUGCCGAAGUCGACGCUCAGCUGAGAGAUGAUAUUGCAGAGGCUAUGAGCUCUCCUAGCCAUGUCCAUCAGUCACGGAAGCGUGAGAGGGACGAGGAUGAAGAUGACAAAGAGUCGGUUGAGGGGGAUGCUUCGCCACUUUAUGUGGGAAAAGUUGAGGGCUUUGCGUGA